GAAUCUGUGCGGUUUUGAAUUUUUUUCUUUUUUAACUGUUGGUUAUCGUAUCUGUGACGGAAUGAGGUUUGCGAUUGUAGUACCCUUUCUGCUUAUAAUGGUUCGAACCUCUGAGCGAAAACCCAAAUUGCUAUCGGAAAGGAGGAAUGAAAUAUCAUCGUCUCAUCCGAUAUUGUACUCUGUCGCUGAGUCCUUCGAGAAGGAAUACUCUAAGUAUACUGAAACAGGGCUUAAAAAACUGUGGAGAAUGCUUAAACCUCCAAACGAAAUUCGAACUCAAGAAUUGGAAUCGUUAUCAAAGCCACAACAGGAAUCAACUUGUAAAAUAUGUCACUCGUUUGUUUUAGUACUAUUCAAAAUGCGCCGUGGAGGCAAGGAUCCUGCGAUUUUACGAGCUCUGGUUUUGAAAUUUUGUAUUGACAAUGGUAUCCAAUCUAGAAUGGUUUGUGAAGGAGUUAUGGAUAAAAUGCUCAAAGUACUACUCUUCAUUGUCGACAAUCGUCCAACACUCUCAGCAGUUUCAGUUUGUAGUGUCAUCCUACAAGCAUCGGGCUGUGUAAAUGAUGAUCCUGAAUUUGACUGGCAUGUAGGAAUUACUCCACCUGUAAAAAACAUUGCGAUUACAAAGAGCUUCUUCCCAGCAUCGAGAGCUGAUAAUUUGAAGAUAGUGCAUUUGUCUGACAUCCACUACGACCCAGAAUAUAAAGUGGGUUCAUUGGCUAAUUGCAAAUUACCAAUGUGCUGCCGUAGUACCGAAAACAAUUUCAGUGAUGAUUCCGAUGCUGCUGGUUCCUGGGGUGACUAUCGGAAUUGUGAUUCUCCGUUAACUCUUGUUGAGAAUACUCUGGAUGCAGUAUUGGGAGAACACUCUGACAUUGAUUAUGUUUACUACACCGGAGAUUAUGUCGACCAUGCCGUAUGGAGUACUUCUGUUACGGGCAACAAGAAAACAAUUUAUGCAGUGGAUGCUUUAUUGAAGAAUAAAUUUAAGAAUACACCUGUCUUUCCUGUCAUUGGUAACCACGAAUCGGAUCCAGUGAAUAUAUUCGCGCCGGAAUAUAUUAAGACGAACGGGCUUGAAUCGGGGUGGAUAUACAAUUUUCUUGCUAACGAAUGGUCAAUGUGGCUACCAAACGCGACUCAAGAUACGAUUCGCAAAGGAGGCUACUACACCGUGUCACCACGAAGAGGCUUCAGAGUUAUCGCCAUCAAUAAUAACGACUGUUACACUUACAACUUCUGGCUGCUAUUUGAUCCAAACUAUCUUAAGAUCCAGUUACAAUGGCUGCAAGAUACUCUCUUUCAAGCUGAACAGGCUGGCGAAUCUGUCCACAUCUUAUCACAUAUUCCCUCUGGCGUAGGAGGAUGCCAUUUUACUUGGUCUCGGGAAUUUAGGCGUAUUAUUGAUCGCUACCACAAUAUUAUCGGAGGAAUUUUCAAUGGGCAUACACACAGAGACAACUUCUCAGUCUACUACUUGAGAUCUAACAUUUCGGUUCCAAUUAACGUGGCCUGGAACGGAGGAAGCGUGACUCCAUAUACUAACGUGAAUCCAAACUACCGUGUUUAUGGAGUUGAAACGAAAACAUACCAAGUUGUCCACCAUGAAACUUGGAUAAUGAACCUUACACUAUCCAAUAUGAAUCCGGAAAGGUCACCAUCUUGGAUCAAAGAAUAUUCUUUCGUUAAUGCAUAUGGUGUACCGGAUUUGAGCCUUGGUAGUCUUGAUCAACUUUUAUAUAAAUUUGCUUUGGACAAAGAUCUUCUAAGGAAGUAUUGGAGUUUCCAUGUGAAACUUGGCGAUCCUUCCAUCAAAGCUGGAUGCAAUACCCAUUGCCUCCAACAGCUUCUCUGUGAUAUGGCAACUACACAAGGAAAUUAUUUAGCCAAGUGUAAGGAACUGAUUCAAAUAUUCAGUGUGGCUCACUCUGGUUAAAUAAGAAGAUCAAAUAU